AGGACAGAUUUCCUGUUCCCCUGAAGUUAACUCCAAGCUGAUCUCUCACUGCAAAUGGACAGUUUGUCAAAGAUGUGGCUAGGUGGAGCAGCUUCUUGCGAUCUCAACUAUGGAAGGCCAACUGUGGGCUAACAUGGGCAUUUCUGUGAAACAACCUGCAGGAGCAAACCCCCUGUCCUUCAUUGCUUUGCUGAAGGUACACCGAGAGCUGCUGGUCAGUAGGAUCCGAAACACGCAGUGUUUGAUUGAUAACUUGAUUAAGAACGACUACUUCACCACUGAAGAUGCAGAGAUUGUUGUCCAAUUUCCAACUCAAGCAGAUAAGGUUCGCAAAAUUCUAGACUUGGUUCAAAGCAAGGGGGAAGAAGUUUCAGAAUAUUUCAUCUAUGUCCUGCAGAAAGUCACUGAUGCUUACUAUGAACUUCAGCCUUGGCUAAGUGAAAUAGGUUACGAGCCUUCAGAGAAUAUUUGUAGUAAACCUGUGGUAAAUACAGAUCCAGUUAGCAGGUAUUGCCAGAAACUUAGACAUGAACUGGGACGGGACUCCAAGUUUGUUAUGUCGUACGCUCAGAGGGAGGAAAUGCAGCUUGAAGAAAUCUACUCUAACAGUAUUAUGGAGCUGGUCAGUUUUUCCAAUGAGAGUCUUGGCCAAGUGGAUCAAUUAGAAGCCCUUUUUGAUGAUGCAGUUGGGCUAAUUAAUGAAGAUGGAGAGACUGUGUAUGUCUAUGGUGAUGCAGGAAUUGGAAAAUCCAUCUUGCUGCAAAAGAUACAAAGCCUUUGGGCCAGGAAAGAAUUGGACAUAGGAGCCAAAUUUUUCUUCCGUUUUCGAUGUAGGAUGUUUAGUUGCUUUAAGGAAGAUGAAGCCAUAUGCUUGAAAGACCUGCUCUUCAAAUAUAAUUGCUACCCAGACCAGGACCCCACAGAAGUGUUUCGUCACAUCUUGCAAUUCCCUCACACAGUUCUUUUCACAUUUGAUGGCUUUGAUGAGAUCUAUUCCAACUUUGAUCUCAGUAGUGUGCCUGAGAUAUGUUCCCCCCAUGAACCCAUCCACCCCCUGGCACUUCUGGUAAGCCUUCUCAGAGGAAAGCUUCUUAAGGGAUCCAGGAAAAUUCUUACAGCAAGGACAGGAACUGAGAUCCAAAAAAAUAUCAUUAGAAAGAAAGUGUUGCUCCGUGGUUUCUCCAGCAAUAACCUGAAGGAAUACACUGCUAUGUUUUUCAAAGAUGAGCGGCAACGAACAAUGGUAUUGAACCAGUUGGAAGCUAACCCCAAUCUCUGCAGUUUGUGUUCAGUGCCUUUAUUUUGUUGGAUUAUCUUUAAAUGCUAUGAACAUUUCUACUCCAUGUUUGACAGCCAUGAGCUUCCAGACAGUUCUGUUACAUUGACAGAUGUAUUUUUGCUCAUGAUUGAAGUCCAUCUGAAUCGGUCUCUGAAAACAAGUUUGCUGAAGAACAAUGUCAGGAGCCAAGCAGAGAUGUUCAAAUCAAGAAAGGAAACUCUUCUAGCUUUGGGUAAAAUGGCAUACAAAGGGAUGGAGAAUUCUUUCUUUAUCUUUGAGCAGGAGGAGGUCUCAUCAGUGAACAUCUCUGAUGAAGAUUUGCAAUUGGGUUUUCUCAGGACAGUUAAAGGUUACAGUGGCUGUGACAGUCAGGCCACUUAUGAGUUCUUGCACUUAACCCUUCAGUCUUUUUUCACAGCUUUGUUCUUGGUUAUUGAGGAGAAGGUGGGUGCCAAGGAGUUACUCGAGUUUUUCAAUGAAUGUUCUUCCACUGAGACUGCCCAGCCUACUUGCCUUCCUAUCCCCUGGAUGAAGAAACAACUAGCAGGGGAGGAUCCUUUCCGAAAUAAAGAACACUUUAAUUUUACCAACAUGUUUCUUUGUGGCCUGCUUUCUGGAUCUAAGCAGAAGCUCUUCAGACAUCUAGUUUCGCCUGCGGUCAUUAAGAGGAAGAGAAAGACACUCAUCACAUACCUUGGGGAGAGCAUGAAAUCCCACCUCAAAGGCUUCACCCGGUCCAGGCUUAAAAGCUACAAUCAGGUCCAGCUCCAGCCCAACUUUGUUUGGAUGCUGAGGUGCCUUUAUGAGACGCAGAGUGAGAAGGUGGGGAGGAUGGCUGCCAAGCGCAUGCACGCCAAUUACAUCAAGCUCUCAUACUGCAAUGCCUACUCUGCUGACUGCAGUGCUAUUUCCUUUGUCGUGCAUCACUUGCAAAAGCGCCUAGCUCUGGAUCUGGACAACAACAACAUCAAUGACUAUGGAAUAAAACAGCUGCUACCUUGUUUCAGCAAGCUUGCGGUGAUCAGGCUCAGCGUCAAUCAGGUCACAGAUCAUGGAGUAAGGAUCUUGUAUGAAGAGCUCUCCAAGUACCAGAUUGUGUCUUUCUUGGGCUUAUACAACAACCAAAUCACUGACGUCGGAGCCAAAUAUGUUGCAAAACUAAUUGAAGAGUGUUCAAGCCUUGAAUAUGUUAAAAUAGGAGCAAACAAAAUAACUAGCGAAGGAGGGAAGUGCCUUGCCCAGGCCAUCCAGAAGAGCAAGACAAUGUUUGAAAUUGGGAUGUGGGGUAAUCAAGUUGGAGAUGAAGGAGCGAAGGCAUUUGCAGAGGCCCUAAGGAACCACCCCAGGUUAACAAAUGUGAGUCUUGCUUUCAAUGGCAUCACGACAGAGGGAGGCAAAAGUAUUGCUGAAGCUAUGCAACACAACAACUCUGUGAGAAUAUUCUGGUUGACCAAAAAUGAGCUGGAUGAUGAAGCAGCAAUGAGUUUUGCAGAGAUGCUGAAGGUCAACAAGAAACUGGUGCAUUUAUGGCUUAUCCAGAAUCAAAUUACAGCCAAAGGGGUGAAGUGCCUCAAUGAAGCUCUCAAGGAGAACACGACUAUUAAAGAAAUCUGUUUGAACGGGAACCUGAUAAGCCAAGAAGAGGCCAAAGCUUUUGAAAACGAAGAACGGAUCAUUUGCUUUUGAAUGAGGACAUUUUGACAAGGUUUUGUUAACAAAGGUUACUCCUACUCUUGGAUUGCAGAGUUUAUAAAGGCAUAAAUCUACAGUGCUCAUGGCAGGAGAGAGAUACACGAUUAACUGCCUUUUUAUGAAAACACUCUGCUCCCUCAGCUCCAUCCCUUACCCUGCUUGUUAUUCUUAAUCCUUUUGGUGAGUGGGAAGUUGCCUGGGUAAAUAAUUAAUGCUAGUACAGUGCUUUGAAGAUGAAAUGCAAAGUGUUAACGGACUAAAUCCACUGGCAGGUGUAUGCAUUUUGAUAACUGAGUUUAGAUUUAUUCUGUACAGUGAUGUAAAUAAUCUCUAACUUAUUUAUAUACAUGUAUAUACAUAUAUACAACUAACAUAUAUAUGCAAGAAAGGGUGCAAGAUGCACAAACUCCAUCAGCUCACAGUAUUACCUGCCUCAGACCUGAAAGUGAAUAUACAUAGCUUUAC